AACAUGAAUCAAGUUGAACAUUACGAAAAGAAGCAUAGCUUCACAGAUAUGGAUGGAAGCAUGACUUGUAGUACCAAAUCCUGCGAGAGUUGGAAUUGUGGUACCCAACGUGUCUAUCUACCAUGAGAAGAGUCUGAGAUGGAAGGAUAUGAAACCCAUGACGUGUUAUACCAACUUCCUCUUGCUCCUUGCAAAGUUGAAACUAUCUCUAAGCCUGGAAGUGAUAAGAUCCUUGUCAAGAAAACAGUCUUUAAAGACGGCCUCAAUGACUUCAGAAAGGUGGCUGUGAGGCAAGAAUGUAUCAUACACUCUGAGUUAGAUCAUCCAAAUAUUGUAAAACUUCACAAAUACCACGAAUCUGAGGACAACUUAGAGUUAGUGAUGGACUACUGCAGCAAAGGAUCUUACUUCGAAGACCGUCUCGAAGAUCACUAUGAACCAAUCGAAGAUAUGGACGCAUUGAAGAAAUAUGCCAAAGAGGCACUCCAAGGCUUGGCUCAUAUCCAUUCUAAGGGGAUAAUUCACUGUGAUGUGAAGUUGUCUAACAUGGGCUUGAACAAAAAUGCUGAAAAUUCUGAAGAAAUUCUUCAGAUCUUUGAUUUCAAUCUCAGCGUCUUCGCAGACUCUGACCUAGAGGGAAAAGCUCAUCUCGACCAAUGUGUUGGAACGUUUGGCUAUAUGGCUCCCGAGUUGAAAGGAAGUGAUAUUUACGUCGGUCCUGAAAUUGAUAUGUGGGCAUUAGGAAUCUGCCUGUACAAGAUGUGAGUGGCUUACGCCCCAGAUAAAGUCAGAAAAUACAAAUAUGGAAGCGGACCAAUUCCAUUCUUAAAAAGAGACUGGAAGAAUAUUGACCCUGAAUUCCAAGAACUCAUAAAGCUAAUGCUUGAGUAUGAUCCAGAAAGCAGAAUCAGCUCUAGUGAGGCUUUAGAACACGAAGCAUUAAAUUAAAGAGAGCUUUAUGUUCAUAAUUUUCGAGUUUACUAAGUAAAAUGGAAAAGCGAAAGCUUAUUUAUGACGUAAAUUCAUUAAUAAUUCAUUUAUAAAAUAGUGAUUCAUUGACA